AUGGCUUCAACAAAACAUACGCAGUCACUACCACCAAUUGCCCCAAAAUAUGGCAUGCCAAAGCUGUCAAGUUUAGCCAGGGGAUGGGACCUGGAACCCUCUAAGCUUAAAAUGCCGACAAGGGGUAAUUAUCACCCUGUUGCUUCCUUUUUCUACAUACAAAAAUUCAGAAGAGCUCACUUUUCUGGUUUUGAUUAUACGUAUAGGCACGAAAAGCAAUGCACCCGACUAGGCCAUGAAUGCGACUAUAGCCCAAGGCUAUCAUUCCGAGAUGAUACACUAAAAGUCAUGGAGCGGAUGCAAGACGUUUCCAUCUCUGGAAAUGCGGUGUGGGACUCAUCCUCAUCCUCACCGUCAGAAGGAAGCUCCGGCUCAACCACCAGCUCGAUGACCGAUGACACCCUCCCCCCGUUUGCUUCAUUGACCACAGACAUAGAGCGGGAAAUGAAAGCAGAAUGCUAUCGCCCUGGGACAUACCAUGUUGUGGUAAACCCGGAGAGCUUUGCAAAUCUCACAGACGAUAGCGAAGAUUCGUACGACGAACUUCCUUGUACCAAAAAUGCUACCAAGCCUUGCCAUAAGAGAAAUAUUUCCAGGUCUCGACCUCGAUCAUCAACAGAAUCGACAGACCCGAAUGUGGUGAUCCUAGCUAAAUUCGAGGACUCUAUGGCUUUAAACACAAGCUAUUGGAAAUCAAUACGAUCAUCCCCAUUGACUGUCACAUCCAGGUCCAAGUCACCCGAGGAUUACGAGGAUAGCAAGCUAGAAGGGCCCAACAAACCAAAGCACCCGAUAUUUAUUGGGUCAAUUGGCAACUUAGAAGAUGCAAAGCUACUGAGUCAUUUCAGAAGCGUGGUGUGGAAACACCUCGUUCAAGGAGGGCUCGAGCAUAGUCAUGUACACCCCAGCCAUGUCCAUAUGCCUGGAGCUGAUAUCUUCGAGAAGGAAGCUGCUAACUUUCUACCUCUUUUUCAUGCCAUGAUGGCCGUUUCGGCUUUAAGUUUGUCACGCCAGGAUCCAUCAAAAAGUAUUGAUUCACUGCAGCACUAUCAACAAACGCUUCCAUUUCUCCAGACAAGUAUGAGAAGUCAUCAAGAUCUAUCAUCAGAUGGAAUUGCUGCCGCUGAACCUGGUGGUUCGAAUCUCUGGUCUCAUCAUAUCCAGCGAUUAAUACGGAUUUGCUAUAUGAGGGGCGCAAUAUUACAAAGAGAACCAUUCCCAUUUGUCGUUUGGUGGAUCUGUUGGAUUGACCUUUACGCAUUGUUCAGCGGAGCUGGCACCGGAGACUUUGUGCGUAACUUGCUAGCUCACGAUAUGAUACCAGCCGCCCUGUCACAACUAUACCCUAUUGGCGACGAUGGCAAAAGCAUAAUAUACCCUGGAGAAGAGCAUACUCUCCCGGUGAUGCUCCGCCUAAACCGAGAUACAUUUAUACUCGCUAUCAGGCUUGGUAUCCUUGCAGCUGACUGUCGGCGAGACACUGUCUCCCAGACCUUUCCAGACGGGUCAAUGGGCUAUUCUUUACUUGGGCGUGCUGCUAAAGAGAAGCGUCUUUUUGAUAUCCAGCAGUCUUUCAUCCAAAUGUGGACAACUCCCCGAGUGUCUUUAUUCCAACAACAGGUACAUCAGCUGCCACCCCGUUCAAAGGAAGUAUUUCAGCAUCUGCAUGAAUACUCCUACACCAACAUGUGGCCUAACCAAACCGCAGAGACCGGUAGUUUAUCGGCCCUAGACAUCGAUCAACGUAUUUCUGCUAUCCUCUCCAUUGCCAACGAGAUCAAUAGCAUGGGGAGGUACGAUCUUCGAUUCAUCAUAUUCCCUACCUUCAUUGCUGGAGUCGCAGCUACAUCACCUACGCAUAAGAUGAUAGCACUUGAUAUAUUGUCUAGCUUCGAAACAAAUGAGGGAGUUGGCCGUAAUGUGGCCACCGCUCGUCAGUUAUUGCAGACAGUAUAUCAACAUCAAACGAAUGGGUAUAUGAGACGUGGCCAUGCAUUUGAUGUUGACUGGCUUGAUAUCAUGACGAAGCAAGGGCUACAAAUGGUCAAUUUUGGCCUAUAA